CUCUCGUAUAGAAUAAAAACCGUUCAGAGGAAUUUGGCUUCAUCUGAGAAACGGCGGGAGUCCAGUCCAUCCACUUUGAUUACUCUGAGUGAAGACCAGUGCAGAGAGGCCAUUUCUCAUAUGAAGCAUUAUUCUGAUGAAGAAACAGUCAAACAGAAGAUGAAAUUGACCUUUGAGUACAGGAAGAAGAUGACCCACGACCCGAGUAAAUGCUCCACCAUCCUAACUUGAAUUUCCACGCUUUCUGGAUGUGAAGGGCUUGGAUUUUGUGCUGCUGUUUAGAGAGGGAACAUCAGCCAAGUUUUUGGAGAGGUGGCCAACUACAUUCAAGCAAAAUAUCAUCAUGCUAAGCAAGACCCUAAGCAAGUCCACUCAGGGAGCUGAACUUCAGGAGCUGAUCCAGAUAGCAGAAUCUGCAGUUCAUGAGGGAGCUGACACGAAUGCUAAUUAAUGCAUAAUUUAUCAUUUAUAUUUCAAAUAACUCUGAAAUGUUAAUGUCACUGAUGAUGGAAUUUACUAUUUUAAUCAGGAUCUCUUCUUUGUUUAGGAUGGGAAGGUGACCUUUCCUCAAUCCUUCUCCUGCUCCAUUUGAUUCCUCCUUCAUCAUAAGGCUGCAAAAGACCAGGCAAGAUGUCUGCAUCACAAGCUGAACAGCAUCUUGUGAUAUUCCAAAAGGCAGGAACCAGUAUCCAGGAGCACCUUGAUGCGAUUGACCAGAGCCGCCAACCAUAUCUUCUUGCAGUCGGGACCAGGAAGAGCAGCAUCCAUGCUUACUUCAUCAUCCUGGACAAGUGAGCCUUGCCGUGCAAGUCAACGAGUGCUCUUGGUGCCUUCGAUGAGCUUUUCAAGACUCUGUUUUUGGUACUGCUGACAAUACAAUGCUGCAUAACAUGUACACCUUCAUACAGACAACUGUGUACAACAUAGACAUUGGGAAGGUUAAGGGGACUCCAAGGGUUGCUGAGCUCAGAGCUAGACUCCUGCACUAAUGUCGAUUACGUUAUGAUGAUAUGUUUUGUUUGCCAUGCUAGUCAUGGAAGUACCAACUUGCUCGUGAGGCAUCUCAAGUUGAUGCAUGGAAUGUGCCCUGGUAGAACUCUUAGACUAAAAUGUGGUCAAUCAGAUUGUUGUCGUGUAUUUGGUACAUUUUCAGGCUUUAGGAAACAGGGCACAUUCCGGAGACUGUCAAAUUUUGUUAAACGCUAACUUGGAUGCUAAUACAGCCAUUGAUAAUCAGCCAAGUAAUGCUGAUUUUCCUUCAAAUUCUAGUUGUAACCAUGUUGUACCAAUAUCUAACAAGAACACACUUGAUAUGUGUGCAUCUGCUAUUGCACAACUGCAGGCUGCAGGUGUAGGUCAGACGACUGUAAAUAGUUUUGUAUCUUCCAUGGAAGAAGCAGUUCAAGAGAUACAGGGUCAAGCUAAAGCGACCACUCUUACAUGUAUAUCUUCAAAAGACACAGAAACUGUCCUUUUCAGGAUAUUGAAAAUCCUUUCACAUUGUUGAAUUCGGUAUCAAAACGAAGUGCUUAUUUCAUACAAAAAUGGGGAACAGUUCAACCAGUUGAGAAAGUCCUUGGUGUUAGAUUUGAAAAUAGAAGAAACAAAACUACUGGAACUUAUGAUCAAAUAGUCAUAACUGAUAAAUGUUCUUACGUUCCAAUUCUCGAGACAUUGCAGUCAAUUUUGAAGAACCCAAACACAAGUGGCAUGUUUAACUCAGGGCACAAUUUUAAAGAUGGAGUUUACUUUGAUUUGGAAGAUAUGAAGAGACAUCCUCUCUUUUCUAAAGAGAAAAAUGCAUUGCAAAUUCAACUCUUUUAUGACGACUUUGAGACUGCUAAUCCAUUGUGAUCAAAAAAGGGUAUUCAUAAGUUGGGAAGUAUAUACUUUACUUUGAGAAAUGUUCCCCCAAAGGUUAAUACAAUUUUGGUAAAUAUUCACUUAUGUGCACUCUUCCAUACCCAGGACCUUAAAACUUAUGGAUUUGAUUCCAUUCUUGAGCCAAUAGUAAGUGAUUUGAAAGUGCUUGAGACUGAGGGUAUUGAAGUUCCCGUCUUCAGUGGUCGUAUACAUGGCAGUAUUGUCCAAGUAACUGGAUUUAAUCUUGGUUUUGUUUGGUUUUGUGGAAUCAUUUAGUGCUCGUUAUUGUUGCCGUUUUUGCCUCACUGAGGAAGUGGAUGUUCAAACUGUGUUCUCUGAGGAUGACCCAAGAGUGACUUUACGAACAAAACACAUGCACUCAGACCAUUGUCAAACUAUUCAGUCAAACCCAACACUACCUCAUGUGUACGGUGUGAAGCAUGCUUGCUUAUUGAACUCUCUGCAGUACUUCAAUACUACAGACAAUUUUUAUGUUGAUAUAAUGCAUUACAUUUUAGAAGAAGUUGCACAAUUUGAGGUAAAACUUGUGUUACAGUAUUUACAAGCCAACUUUGUGACUGCUAAAGAUGUGUAUGGUAGAGUUCAUUCAUUUAACUAUGGCUACACAGAGAUGAGGAAUCGUCCACCUGCAGUCAAAUUGGAUGAUGGGAGCAAUGAUUUGGUUCUAAAUGCUAUUCAGUCUUGGUGUCUUCUCCGUAAUUUGCCAUUGAUAUUUGGUGAUCUGGUACAGAAAGAUGAUAAAUACUGGCAGCUGCUUCUGUUACUACUACAAAUUGUCAAUAUUGUGUUUUCUCCUAUACUAACAGAGGGCAUGACUAUCUGUCUAAAGCACUUAAUUGCUGAACAUCAUAGGCUUUUCAAGUAUUUGUUUCCUGAUAGAAAUCUGUUACCGAAACACCACUUCAUGAUACAUUAUCCUCGUUGUAUAAGGAAUAUUGGGCCCAUUCUUCACUCGUGUAUGCGCUACGAGGCAAAACAUAAUUUAUUUAAAAAACAACUGAAGAGUUUUAAGAAUGUCACUAUGACCUUUGCCAAGAAACACCUAAAUUACAUGGCAUAUAAUUGGGAAACGUUCAGCCAGGAUACACUAGCUAUAGGUCCAGGAAAGAUGUCAAGGCUCAAUGACCUGAAAGAAGGCCAUGAGAUUGCUGCCAAGUUGAAUGUCUCAGUGCACACAAAUGUUUUGUCAGUUAAAUGGGUAAAGCACCAUGGUACAGAAUAUCGUCUUGAUUUGGUCAAAUGUGGUGAAGUAGUCAUUGAAAUGCCAGUAUUUUACAAAAUUAAGGCUAUUGUUCUGAAAGAUAAAUGUUUUUUGGGUUGGGUCAGCUCUUGAAACCUUAUGUUUUGAUAAUCAUUUGUAUGCAUUUAAAGUUGUUUUGAAGCGAAGUCCACCAUGCAAGGUAUUUCAUGUAAAUGACAUCAUGUACCACAAACCUUUUGAUUUGCUCAUGUCAUAUGGAGCAAGGGAUUUUUUUGACCACAUUGUCCCCUACUCUCACUUGAUAACAGUUUA